AUGGCCCAAAUUCAUUAUCACAACGGUAGAUUAUACAUUGCUGUGGGAAGGAAUAUUUUUGAAUUUACUUUUGAAGUCGAUAGCAACUUUUCAAAGUUGAAACUGUGCCGAGAAAUCGUAGUGUCAUUCAAGAAUGCAUCAGUCUCAAAUCGAAAGGAAGAGGAUCAAAUUCUAGCGAGCACACUAAGCGCAGAUGGUGCGUUGUUCGCGGUUGCCACCACAUCAAAAGAAUGCUUCUUAUACAAUGUUCUCAAUGACUGGACAGAAGCACGUCCAGCGUUGCAACUGCCAAAAGCACCCACAGCUGUGAUUUUUGAACUUUCCGGAAAAUUUGUAAUUUUAUCCGAUCGAGCGGAUGAAACAAAUUGUGAAGGUGAACUUUUGCUGGGUCAUGUAUCAAUGGUCCUGGAUAUUGAUAUCUCUAGUGAUCGAAGAUUCUUGACAAGUGUCGACCGUGAUGGGAAAAUUCGUAUUUCACGUUAUCCUGAGUGUUAUGUUAUACAUCGAUUUUGCUUGGGUCAUAGUUCAUACAUUUGCUGUGAUGGUCCCAAUUUAAAUGUUUGUCCAGACAAAGAAUUUAUAGGUGGUGAUGGUACUCUAAGGGUUUGGGAUAUGGCAGAAGGAAUGCAAAUUGCCCACUGUGAUUGCCUCGAGAAAAAGACGAUUCGUCAUUGUAGAAUAUUUCCGAAUUCCUCUUCAAAGGACAUAAAGUUGGCUGUGAUUUUCGAGCAUUGUAAAAUAGCACAAAUUGUUACCUUCAUCCAAGAGAACAAUGACUUCGAAAUCGAGUGUUUGACUUGUUCGGAUUUUAUUAUCGACAUUGCUGUAGAGGACAAUGGAAUUUUCAUCUUUGGUAUUACAAGGUCAUCAGUUGUCUUUGGGAGAGUGGAUGAAGGUUGCCUCCAAUCAAUUGCUGAUAUUGAUGAAUAUGUUGCAAAUUGUUUGGGUUCAGUUAAAGAGAUCUCAUUACCAUUGGAGAAGAAAAUCGGGUUUAAUAAUGUUGAAGAUUAUAAGCAGCGUAAAACAGAGCGUAUAAGAAGAAAAAGGAGGAAAUUAUCUGUAGGUAAUGGUUAA